UCAUUCCGUCACCUGAAAGACCUGCCUGACUUUCCCUUUUCCCCCGCUACCAACCCUUUCGUAUCUACAGUCACCAUCAAACAAUCAUUUCGACAACGAUAAUCAUAAUAACAACGACACCACAUCCUGUCCUCAUUCAUAUCCUCAACUUUGACCGUAGUCAUCCGGACUUCCAUCCUCUGUUGAUCUCUUCUGUAGAGAUACCGCUGCCGGCCAAAACAAGAAACCGCAAACUCACAACCCACACCUCUACGAAAUGGCGUUGAAGCGAAUCAACAAGGAACUCACAGACCUGGGCCGUGACCCCCCUUCAUCAUGCUCUGCUGGUCCCGUUGGUGAAGAUUUGUUCCACUGGCAAGCGACGAUCAUGGGACCGGGUGAUUCGCCAUACUCUGGAGGUGUCUUCUUCCUCGCAAUCCACUUCCCGACAGACUACCCGUUCAAGCCUCCUAAGGUCAACUUCACAACUCGUAUCUACCACCCGAAUAUCAACUCUAAUGGAAGCAUCUGCUUGGACAUCUUGAGGGACCAAUGGAGCCCGGCGUUGACCAUCUCUAAAGUGCUCCUGUCAAUCUGCUCUAUGCUUACCGACCCUAACCCCGACGACCCUCUCGUCCCCGAGAUCGCCCACGUUUACAAGACCGACCGGGCAAGAUAUGAAGCUACGGCCCGCGAGUGGACUCGCAAGUAUGCCAUCUAAGAUAACGAGUAAGGAGAAUUCGCUGGCGAAGAAUGACGCUUGGCAUCGGAGGUAGUGAGCAUAGCACUUAUCGGUAGCGAUACUGGAAGGGACAUGGAUUUUUUCUUCCAACCUAGGCAAUACGAUCUGCAUUCACCAGUGUCUGUCCAUUCGUCGUUAUGGUUUAGUGUGCCUCUUCAAUGAACAUUAGAGCACAUGCUUUCGGGAGUGGAAUGAGAAUGACUUGCUAAGGAGGAUGAAGUUCUACGAAAGACAUGAUAUGUUGGAGUGAUCUGGAGGAACUCUCUGGCUUUACAUUUUAGUCCUCCUUUACAUUCAUCACAGAUUUGUUUUAAUGCAUUCACGUUUCCCUUUUCACUUGCCCGUAUGUUACUUGUGGAGUCAAUUAAUAAGCUCUAGGGCUUAUUAUGGCCUGAAUAGUCUGAAGAACUCUUCGGAUUCCUAUAGAUGCUAUCCCAACUAGUGACAGCUGACAGCCCAUACGAUGAAUAGUAAUUAAUGUCAAGCCUUGAGAAGGAUUAUUAGGGUUUGCCAUUAUAAGUCGAGUCACC